GAAGAAGCACUUAGCUUGGGAAGGCAGAACAGCAGACCCUUAAAAAUGGGGAACACAAGCAGCGAGCGAGCUGGACUGGAGCGUCAUGGCCAUAAGGCAUCCCGAGGUGACAACUCAGGGGGAGCCAUCAGUCCGAAAGAGGGUGAUCGACCAAAAAUUCUGAUGGACAGUCCCGAAGAUGCAGACUUGUUCCAUUCAGAGGAAAUGAAGGCUCCGUUGGAGAAAGAAGAAUUCCUAGCUUGGCAACAAGAUCUGGAAGUGAAUGAUAAAACCCCCACUCAGGCUCGACCCACUGUCUUUCGAUGGACUGGAGGAGGGGAAGAGGGUUAUUUGUCUGGGUCCUUCAACAACUGGAGUAAAAUUCCUCUGACAAGGAGUCACAAUAACUUCGUGGCAAUCCUGGACCUGCCGGAAGGAGAGCACCAGUACAAGUUCUUUGUGGAUGGGCAGUGGACGCACGAUCCUUCGGAGCCCGUAGUAACCAGCCAGCUCGGUACUGUCAACAACAUCAUACAGGUGAAGAAAACUGACUUUGAAGUGUUCGAUGCUUUGAUGGUGGACUCCCAGAAGUGUUCGGACAUGUCUGAGUUGUCAAGUUCACCCCCAGGACCGUACCACCAGGAGCCCUACGUUUGUAAGGCCGAGGAGCGCUUUAAAUCGCCACCCAUUCUUCCCCCCCACCUGCUGCAGGUCAUCCUGAAUAAGGACACGGGCAUUUCU